UCUAUAAGAAGGGAUUGAUCUGAUGAUGUUGAGAAUUAUUCAGUGUUUUCUUCCAUUGUUAUUGUUUCUUUUUUGUUUUUUCUAAUAACUAACAAGUUUGAUUUUAUAGGAGAUUAAUAAUAAUGGCUUCAUCAAACAGACACUGGCCAAGUAUGUUCAAAUCCAAACCCUGUAAUAAUCAACAAUGGUCUCAACAUCAAGACACCUCUCACCAUCCUUCUUCACUACUUGCUUCCAACAAUACUUCUAAUACUACUUGCGCACGCUCAUCUUCUAUUACCGCUUUCCCUUUUUCAUCAGGGUGUGAAGAGAGGAGCCCAGAGCCAAAACCAAGGUGGAAUCCGAAACCGGAACAAAUUCGGAUUCUAGAAGCUAUAUUUAACUCGGGUAUGGUAAACCCACCAAGAGACGAGAUUAGGAGAAUCCGGGCACAACUUUUGGAAUACGGUCAAGUCGGAGACGCCAACGUAUUCUAUUGGUUUCAGAACCGAAAAUCCCGGAGUAAGCAUAAGCAACGGACACUCCAAGCUAAAAUCAAUGCCACCGCCUUAAGUGGGAGUGGGACCCAAAACAGUCUUUCACUUCCAGCAUCAUCUUCAUCUUCUUCCUCCGAUAAGGCGUCGCCUCAAAAAGCGGCCACACUUUCUGGAAGUGGAGGUGGUUCAUCAUCUUAUGGUAGUGCUAGUAGCGGCAACAAUUAUAAUAGUAGUAGUGCAAACGUUGUGGUUGAUCAAUUUGGUAAUUCUCCAACUUCAGUCAACCAACCUAGUCCUUACUUUCAUCCACUUGUUCCUCAUCCUCAUCCUCAUCCUCCUCCUCAUCAUCAUCAUCAUCAUGUUCCUAAUACUAAUACUACUACUACUACUACUACAUCUAUACAAGAUCAGCCUUUGUUCUUUCCCUUGCAUCAAAAUAGUGCUACUGUAAUGGGUAAUUUCAGCCAGGGGUUAUGCUUUGGUACUACUACUCAUCAUCACUAUGAGGAUCAUCAUCAUCCUCUUCAUCAAAUUACUACUCCUCCUAAUCUUGAUGUUCUUCAUCAUUCUGAUCAGACGGUGGGGGGAUUUUCGUCUUUACUACUUGGAGAUGAUGAAGUGGAGAAGCUUAAGUUUCAGCACCAGUUAAGUUUUUUGGUGACCAACCCUUCAAGUGCUACUACUAAUUCACCCUCUCCUGCAUAUGCGUUUCCCAAUAGUCUUGCUCAAAUUUUAGGCGCAGGUGUAGGGGACACUGUAGGUGGAGUAGCACCAAAAUCAACAGUUUACAUAAACGGAAUGGCGGUGGAGAUACCAGUGGGACAUGUGAAUGUGAAGGAGUUUGGGGAGAGUGCUUUGCUUGUCAACACAGAAACAGGUGAGGCAGUGGCGACUAAUGAAUGGGGUGUGACUCUUGACCCACUUCAUCAUGCUGCUUCUUACUAUCUUGUUAAUGGAACAUCCGGAUCCGGAGCUGCUGCUGCUUCUCUGUUGCUUCAUCAUAAGCAUGAUGAUGAUGCAUCCCCCGACGUUCUUGCUUCGGGAUUUCCUUACCAGAUAUAGCUAGUUAGAUGUAUUGUACUGUUUUGAAGCUGAGAUGAAAAGAAUUUACGUUUGAAGGGUAGUCCAACACCAUAAUUAUAAUUAUUCCGCUAAGCUUAUCCAAGUCGUAGUUUUAUGAAUACAUAUUUCAUCUUAUUAUAGCUCAAUUCCUUUUUGUCAUGUAAUUUGGAAUACUAUUAUAUGCAUCCUUCUAUAUCCAUCAAUGAAGUGCUUCAGGACUA